AUGGACAAUCAGCCGCCCCUCACAUCACCGGAUGGAUGUGAUGUUGGGAAUUCCUCGGAGGGGCUCCGUGUUUCUUCUACAGAUCAUGUCGGAGAAGAUGAUGGAGUCACAAUAGAUUCUCAGGGAGUGAAGUCUUAUUUGUGCUCGGAGUGCGGACAAAGUUUUAAACGGAAAGAUCAUCUGAGAAGACACGUGAGACGUCACGCCGGUGAGACUUUUCCCUGUGAGGAGUGUGGGAAAUGUUUUUUGCGGAAAGAUCGGCUCACAUCACACCUGAGAAUCCACACCGGAGAAAAGUUGCCGACUUGUACAGAGUGCGGGAAAUGCUUUUUGCGGAAAGAGAGCCUCAUCAUACACCUGAGAAUCCACACGGGCGAGAAGCCGUUUUCCUGUCCAGAGUGCGGGAAACGCUUCAAUCAGAAAAGCAAUCUUUGGAGCCAUCAGAAAAUUCACUUAGAUACGAGUUCCUUGUCAUCUUUGGAGUGUGGAAAACCUUUUAUUAAUACAUCUGAACAAACAAUACAUCAGAGAGCCCACACCAGAAAUCUGUUUUCAUGCUCAGAGUGUGGGAAACUGUUUAUAAGUAAAUCCCAUCUUUCUGUACACCAGAGGAGUCACACCGGUGAGAGGCCGUUCUCAUGUUCCCAAUGUCAGAAAUCCUUCAUCAUAAAGUCAGAACUCAUCAUACACCAGAGAAGUCACACCGGUGAGAUGCCAUUUUCAUGCCCAGAGUGCGGGAAAGGUUUCAUACGACACGGGAACUUAAUUGAACACGUGAAAGUGCACACUGGGGAGAAGCCGUUCUCCUGUCCCGAGUGUGGGAAAUCCUUCAUUCGGAAAAAUGAUCUUGUUAUACACCUAAACAGUCACACGGGCCAACACCGGUUUUCAUGCCCAGAGUGCGGGAAAGGUUUCUCUCAUAAAGGAAAACUUCAUAGACACCAGAGAACUCACACGGGUGAGCGACCUUUCGCCUGUCCAGAGUGCGGAAAAACGUACCUAGAAAAUUCACAUCUUCUUCAACACCUGAGAAGCCACACAGGAGAAUACCCUUUUCCGUGCUCAGAGUGCGGGAAAUGUUUCCCAAGGAAAUCUCGUCUUGUUAAACACCGGUGCAGGCCCAAUGGGGGCGUCCUAUUUCAUGUACAACCCUAGACUGAUGAAGGACGCCUCCGGAAAAGUCACACGGGUCAGCGCCCACUUUCCUGACCAAGGAGUCCAAAAGACUUUAAUGGUUUCUUACCAACAUGAAAUUAGACAACCAACGCGUUUCGGGGCCCUCCUCCUUAAUCACGGCUUAAAGACUGAAAAAAAUGUAUAUUUUUGUAGGGAAAUGCUUUGUAUUCAAAUCUAUAUUAACCAAUUUGUUACAUUUUUUGCUGGAAAAUUAAAACCUGAAAACAAUUAGAUUUUUUCUGAGAGAAGAGACCCCGGGGAAUAAAAAGCUGACAAUAUUCGCA